ACCUCCAACCCAACGAGAGUUUAUCGAAAGUAAGAGCGCUUAUGUAGAUGCUCUCUCAACCGCGACUUGGCAGUGUCUCAGCCCAGCAGAAAGUUGGGCGCGAUUUUUGCUGCGUUUAAGCUCGAACGCGCAAUGUCUCCGUUCUUUGCAGCCUUCUUUUUGCUUGGCCUGUGCGUGGCCAACGCCAUCAACUUCACAACCGUCUACGAGUGGGAUCAAUUCGAUUUCAUCUGGCCAUCGGGAUCAAACAGUUCAAUUGAAGAGAUUAAACAAAAUAUCGAACCGAAGAAUGUUGCACCUAAUAACAUGGCUGUUUUUGGGGAAAGGCUGUUUCUAAGCUUUUAUUAUCUUUCUCGGACUCUCGCCUCAGUGGUGUGGCUGCCAACGAGCGCAGCGUCGACUGCACCUCCAAAGCUCGCUCCUUUCCCAUCCUGGGAUUUCCAUAAGAAAGACAACAACUGCAACACUAUUGAGUGGGCCAGAGGCAUGGAAGCAGACACUGAUGGUCGGUUGUGGGUGCUUGAUCAAGGUAGCAAGUUUUGUCCAAGCAAGCUUUGGAUUUUCAACCUGCUAAACAACGACACAACCGAGCGCGUUCACAAGUUCCCGGACAAUGUCAUCUCUCAUUCAAUUAAUGAUAGAUGGCUCCUUGACAUAGUGAUUGACAAAACGCCAGACGAUGACCUAGCGUACAUCGUUGACACUGAAUCCAUACACGCCAUGGUCGUUUACAGCCGAAAAAUGGACAAAUCCUGGACAGUGAAGACACCAGGGAGAAAAUGGUCUUCCUUGGCCAUCUCUCCUAACAGGGCAGCAAGACAGUUGUACCUUAGAAGAUAUAGUUCCAAGGAACUGUACUCACUGUCUGUAUCAGAGCUGAAGAACGAAGGCGGAAGCGCGGCUGUGAAACUCAUCGGCGAAUUUACUCAUCGACCUUACAGAAUGCUAAUCGACAGCGCCAAUGUCUUGUAUGCCGCCUUUUUCUACCAGAGUUACGUCUCCAAAUGGAACAUUUCGGAGCCUUUUCAUGAGCAGCGAUUUUAUGAGGUCGGGGAACUGGGUGCAUCUUUUCCAUUUACGUUUGCUUUGGACACGACCAACACUUUCUGGAUGACGGAGAGGAAUCAAUCUGUGGAUGAGACAAAGCCUAGGCAUAAACUACUCAAGGCUGUGGUCGGCGCAGGUUCCUAUUAAUUCAGCCCGUCUGCAGUUUCACCGUCCCUUGUCCCUUGAUGUGACCUUGGGACAGCAGGAAAUCGCAGAGUCAUCCACGGCAUCCUUUCGUUACGAAUCUAUCCCCCCCACCUCUUUAACAACCAGAGUCUGCUUAAUUGGAGUCCUCUUUAUCAAUCUGAGGCCACAAAGUCAAUUUCACCGCUCACAAAGCCUAAAGUCUCUCCCGUUCCUGAUCCUUUUGCAGACUUGUCAUUGCGUGGCUGACCCUGAUGAUGAGAAGAAUGUCCGUUUUCCCUGACAGCAAACAGCUUUCGAAAAUAAAAUAAAGUGUGUUGAAUUUUAGUAAAUAGUUUAUUAAAAACGGCAGACUUGAACAUAACGCUAUUAUCGUUUUUCGUCUUUUUUAACAGAAUAAUCUUUAAUUUGUCGGAAUAUUUCGAGUUAAAUAAAAAUAUACAUUGCAUUAUAUCCCCUAAAAA